CCAAAACCUUCUAUCUUUAAAAUAGAGAAUGAGAACUCAUAUAGAUUACUGCCAAUUCAACUAGAAACUCGCUGGACAAAACAAUAAACUAGACCCACACAAUGUAAUGAAGACAAGCAUCCCCUUAUUUACGGUAACUAUACGAGUAAGGGAGGAUAUGACAUCUACGUUUGCACGAUAACUACUGAAGUAAAAAUAAUAACCAGAACACAAAUACUGAGCACAACAGCUGUUACAACAAAUGGAAUAUCCAAUGAAAAACAUGUAUCUACAUUUUUUUCUUAUCAAAUAUAACAAAAAGUGUUUUGAAUAUAGAUCAAAGACGCCACUCGGAGAUACAGUACGACAGAAAUUGCAAAUUCUCUUCUGUGGAAAGCCACAAUAAGUUCAUCUCAUGUCAUGUCACAUUCAAAAUAUUCACAACUGUAAUAUAAAAAGUAUUAAAUCAAAGGUUUGUUUUUGUUUUCUAUUUUUAAAACACAAUUCACAUUUUUGCUAAUACCAUUAAUUGUCGGUGUCUGUGAGCAUGCAUGUGUACACGCGGUUGCCUCUCUGUUCAUUUAUUAAUAACGAAGUGGUUUGGGUCGUGAGCUGAGAGGCGGUGCGCGCGCAGAUUCACCCCACGUGCGUGUGACACCACGUGACCAGACGCACACACAUACAAAAAAAAAAAAAAAGACACCCACUCUCGCACAAACCCACACACUCCCACCGGCUGCCUGCAAGCUUUCUACGCUUACUGACAUCCUCAUCUGGAUCCACAUGCGAGAAAAUAGCGGCCACGUCAUCACAAAACAUAUUUUGUUAACUUAUUUUGGGGGUGAGGGGAGUUGCUGCAACAAAAUGCGAUGAAUAUGCAUAUUUUGGUCAGAUGCUUUACAUCAAUGUUGAGUCAUGGACAAGUGCCAAGUUAAGUCCGCUGACCCACUGUAGUACCACCUCUCAGCCAUGAAGUCGGCUCUGCACCGGCUGGCAGGCGCCACCACGAGCGCGCUGACAACAGUCAUGCCGUACCUGGGCUCCAACGACGCAGUCUACGACGACAGUUCCGCCAAACCUGGAUUCCGCUCUGACAAAACGUACUGCGCAUCCAAUAGUAGCGCAAACAAGGUCAUUUACAACACCCUCACACCCAUUCUCCCCACCAACAUGUCAGACCUUCUGGUGACUAAUGGAACUGGUGGGAUGGCGGUUCAGUGCGGGGAGAACUUUGUGGACAACAUGGAGUGUUUUAUGAUCCUGACUCCGGGCCAGCAGCUGGCCAUCGCCAUCUUGGCCCUCACGUUGGGUACGUUCACAGUGCUGGAGAACCUGAUUGUGCUGUGUGUCAUCCUGCAUUCGCAGACGCUGCGAUCCCGACCGUCCUACCACUUCAUAGGCAGCCUGGCUGUGGCGGACCUCAUCGGCAGCAUCAUUUUCGUCUACAGCUUCCUGGACUUCCACGUCCUCCACAGGAAAGACAGCCCCGAAGUUUUCCUGUUCAAGCUGGCCGGCGUUAUCGCCUCCUUCACCGCCUCCGUGGGCAGCCUCUUCCUCACCGCCAUCGACCGUUACAUCUCCAUCCACAGGCCCAUGGCGUACAAGCGUAUCGUGACCAAGACCAAAGCGGUCGUGGCCUUUAGCCUCAUGUGGAGCGUGUCCAUUGUGUUUGCACUGCUGCCCCUGCUGGGCUGGAACUGCAAGCGCCUUAACUCUGUCUGCUCGGACAUUUUCCCCCUCAUCGAUGAGAGGUACCUGAUGUUCUGGAUCGGGAUGACCAGCGUCCUGCUGCUCUUCAUCAUCUACGCCUACAUGUUCAUUCUGUGGAAGUCGCACCACCACGCUGUGCGCAUGCUGAGCCGCACCUCCCAGAGGAGCGUCAUCGUCUACACAGCGGAGGGUACCAAGGUUCAGAUGGUGAGGCCUGAGCAAGCACGCAUGGACCUCCGGUUGGCCAAGACCCUUGUGCUCAUCUUGGUGGCCCUCAUCAUCUGCUGGGGGCCGCUCCUCGCCAUCAUGGUUUACGACCUCUUGGGAAAAGUGGACGACUUCAUAAAGACCGUGUUUGCUUUCUGCAGCAUGCUGUGCCUGCUCAACUCCACCGCCAACCCCGUCAUUUACGCCAUGAGGAGCAAGGACCUGCGCAGGGCUUUCGGCAACAUCUGCCACCUGUGUCAGGGAAGCGCAUCUCCUCUGGACAACAGCGGGGAGAGCGACUGGAACAGCAGGACCGUAAGAGGCAAAGAUAGCGGAGCUAGUGGUGGGAACAUUCGAGUCAAAGUGGCCCAAGUUUAUAUUUCUGGAGUGAAAGAUACAACUUCUACCGCAGAUUCAGUGUAAAAGCCUUCUGACUGUGAUACAAGUAGAGUAGUAGAGUAGGAUAAACUGCGCCUCCUUGAACUUGGAGAGAGAAAAAAAAAAAAAAAGCACUUCAUUUUCAUUUGGCCAUGAUCAAAAUGUGGUAAACUCAUUUGCCCCUCUUUUCAUCAAAGAUCCUCUCAUAAUAUGUGUUAAAUACAUUUUUGUCAUGUGCAAGACAUGUACAUGUUUGAAUGAAGUCAAUUCAACUGAUUUUCUUUUCACUGCACUUGCUUUUUGAGUGCGGUGCGUGUCAAAGAAUUACUCUCUUCUGACAUCACUGGAAGCUUGCUUUGAAGGUCGACCCUGCAACUGCUUCCUUCGGUACACCUGCACUAUCUAAACCAGGGGUGGGCAAAGUAUGGUCUGCGGGCCACAUCCAGAAUGUUCAAGUCUUUAAUUGGGCCCACCGAGCAUUAUCUGGAGUCCUAUAAAAUGUGUUGCUUUAAUUUAACCCCCUUUUCUGCAAAUUGGUCACUUAAUUGCAUGGAUGCCACUAGGUUGUGCAGGUGUUCCUGAUGGAUAAAUAAUGAAAUCUGUUUGCUUUGUGUUAUGUUUCAAUCAUAAACAACUUAAGGGUGACCAUAUUUAUUGUUACUAUUUAAAUACUACUGUAUAUCACAGGCAUGGGGAAACCAUUUCCCUCUUAGAAAGCCAUUCAGUUUAUUAAAACGUCCAUAGUAAAUUGAUGAACAAAUGUUUUAUUUGUCCAUCCAUCCAUUUUUCGUACCGCUUAUCCUGUUCAGGGUUACGGGGAGCUGGAAAAUACCCCAGCUGACAUCAGGAGAAAGGCAGACUACACUACGCUGGAGUGGUCUGGAGUCAAUUGUAGGGCAAAUGUAUAUUUAUUGAUUUAUGUAUUUAUUUAUUUAUUUAGGUUUUUUGAUUGUUUUAAUGAGCAUUUGUGGGUUAAAUGUUUCGGUGAUCUUUUCUGUCUUUGUAUUUAGAAUUGCAUGGCGUGCAGGAUAAAUGCGGUGUAGCAUGACCCAUGAAACAUAGGUUCCUCACCACUGCUAAACAACAUCAGAGCAUAGCAAUAGUGUGGCCGUAGUCCUUCCAAAAUGUCUGCUGGGAAAACUGCACUAUUAAACUACUUGAUAGAAAGUAGCAUCUUUGACUCGAAAGCAGUCGUGGGUGGUUAUGUAAGAUGUUGUGAUGUUUGGCAUCUCACCACUCUUCAGUUGUUUAUUGUAGAAUUCUAGAGUUGGUUUUGCAAAGCAAAAACUGCGAAACAUGCUUGGCUUUUUCGAUAGCAGAAAAUAUUUGUAGCUUACAGGAAUGUUGAGUGUGCUUGUAAAACAUUGUGUGACAAAUUGACACUGCCGUAUUGAUGUCAAGGAUCCAUAGUGCCAUUCUGUCUUCAGUCAAUAUAGAAAAUCUGCUUAUUUUUUCUCAUCAUGAAAUCGCAAGACAACAGGUGAUCUUUUUUCCUAAUAAAACGAUGAAAUGCCACCAAACGUAGUGCACCUAAUUUACAAGUAAUUCAUGCAUUUGUGUGUGUCAGAGAGACAGACAUAAUCCAUCCUUCCAUUUUCUACAGCACUUGUAUGCAUUGGCUCACUGAAGAGCUGGAGCUCACAAUUUAGCCUUCAAUUAACCUAAGAAGUGUUUUUGGAAAUUUGGAAGAAAACCCACAGAAGCACAAGAAGAAGAACAUGUGAACUACAUAAGUGAAGAGCCAGUAUUCAAACCCAAAACCUCAGAACUACAAGGCAGAUGCGCUAACCCCGACCACAAUGUGUGGCCAAUGUAUCCACAAAAUAUUAGGAAACAUCGAAAGCCAGAAGAGAACACAUUGCUUUAUUUUAUCUAUCCAUCCAUCGUCAAUAUUGCCUGGUCAGGAGAAGGGUGUCAAAUAAUUUCCAAGCCAUUAAAUAACGGAACACAGUGAAGACAGUCAUCAUCAAAUGGAGAAAAUAUGGCACAACAGUGACAUUACCAAGAACUGGAAGUCCUUCCAAAAAUUCCAAAAUUGAUGAAAAAUCCAGAAGAAAAUCUGGUCAGCAAGGCUUGCAAGAGGCCAACAACAACAUUAUGAAGCUGCAUGAAUUUCGGGCAAGUACUGGUUGUUUAGGACAUAUGAAAACAAUCUCCAAUUUUCUUAAUAUGUCCGAACUACGGUGACAAGACGGAAGGAAGCCUUAUUUUCCAAAUAAGUGGUACCCGUCUGUUUUUCUUCAGCUAUAACUGGGGGACUUAGUCAAGGUGGAGGGAAUUAUGAACAGUCCCAAAUAGCAUUUAUCGUUCGCCCUGAACCUUCAGGCCUCCGCUCGAAAGCAAAAUCAAUACCAGCAAAAGCCUACUAGAACAGACAAAUUUUAUUUGCGGUAAUCUGGGACAAAAUGGUACCGUGUGGGUGCUGAAUCCCAUCUAAUGGGAGUUUAAAUAUGACUAAUUCUGAACACAGUCACAUGCCUAAUUGGGUGUGCAAACUAAACACCACCAUAAUGGAUUUGAAAUGAAAGAAAACAAGAUGUACUUCAACUGCAGACUUUCAACUUUAAAUUUGAGGGCAUUUACAACUAAAUUUGGUGAAUGUGUAGCAAUUACCUUAGUUUCUAUGUGUGCCUCCCACUUUUUAAGGAAACAAAAUUAAUGGGACAAAAGAACAAUUAUAAACUUUCCCUGUUUAAUACUUUUGUUGCAAAUAUAUUGCAGUCAAUUACAGCCUGGAGUCUGGACCCUGACCAGAUGCUGGAUUUCAGUAAAAUGUAAAAACGAAUAUACACAUAAACUAGCUAUAGUUUAAAGUUGGGUAACACUGACCUCUUGUGGACACAGACGUGCCUCGUUUUCAUUUUGAUUUGAACGUGCUUCGGUCAGACCGGUGAUUAAAGCCACUUAGCCUCUGAU